CAUCUGUUGCGAAUCAGGAACUUAGUAAAAAGUGCAAGGAACUUAAAAUCUUUGAUAAGGGCUAAGUUAAACUCUACUUGGGUCUACUUUAUCAAUUUUAAGAGACACUUUUCGAGAUAAAGCAUCUACUUCUUGGAAUCCUUUGUAAGUGCAAGCCCUACAAACUGACAACAAGAUGGAAACGGAACGGGCUUUGCUGGGAAUUGUGGAUUAUAUCAUCUUCGCAUGCAUGUUGUUGAUAUCCGCUGGAAUCGGACUCUACUUUCGAUUUUCUGGUGGAAAACAGAAGACGACGGAUGAAUACCUCUUAGCCGGCAAGGACAUGUCCAUCCUGCCUGUUGCCUUUUCUCUUAUGGCUUCUUUCCUUUCGGCUAUCACUGUGCUUGGUAUACCUGCGGAAAUGUACCGAUAUGGAAUAAAUAUGGCUUACAUGAAUAUAGGAUAUAUCAUAGGGAUGGUUCUGGCAGCGUAUAUCUCCUUGCCGGUUUUCUUUGAUCUAAAUGCAUCGACAGCUUAUGAGUAUUUGGACAAAAGAUUUGGAAAAGUUGCCCGUGGUAUUACAUCAAUUGUCUUUGUUUUUCAAAUGAUUCUUUACAUGUCUGUUGUAUUGUAUGCUCCAGCUUUGGCAUUGAGUGCAGUGACAAAUUUGUCGACAUGGGUCUCAGUUGUUUCCAUUGGUGUCGUAUGCACAUUCUACUGCACAUUAGGAGGAAUGAAAGCUGUACUUUGGACUGAUGUGUUUCAGGCCUUGCUCAUGUUUCUUGGCAUCUUCGCGGUUUUAAUCAAAGGAUGUAUUGACGUAGGAAUUAGUGACGUUUACAAACUUGCGUACGAUGGUGGAAGACUUAACUUCCCUGGGUUUGAGACGAGUAUGACGCAACGGUACACAAUUUGGAACAUAUUGAUUCAAGGUAUCGUCUUGUCUUUUAUAUCUUUUGGUGGAAAUCAGGUGCAGAUUCAGAGAUUACUGACAGUGAAAAAUAUCUCACGUUCUCGACUGGCUCUGUAUAUCAGUAUUCCCAUGGGCUGCUCAUUUCAUCUUCUCAACUGUCUGGUUGGCAUCGUGAUUUACGCUUAUUAUGCUUCAUGUGAUCCUAUGACUAGGCCUGACAACCCGAUAUCCUCUGCAGAUCAGCUAUUACCUUAUUACAUGAUGACCACACUCCAAGCUUUCCCUGGGUUACCUGGUCUUUGCAUCUGCGGGGUCUUCAGCGCUUCUCUCAGUACAGUGUCUUCUGCAGUGAAUUCUCUGACCGCUGUCACUAUGCAGGAUCUUCUGAAGCCCAUGCUAGAGUCUCGGGGAAUGUCGCAAAAGAAGAUGGCCUUCGCUGCAAAGGCAAUAACUCUCUUCUAUGGUUUGCUGUGCAUACUGCUGACAUUUUUGGUAGCCAGCUUUGGUAACUUAGUGCAGGCUUCUCUCACUGUUUUCGGAAUGCUUGGUGGUCCUGUCCUGUCUGUCUUCCUGCUGGGCAUGCUCACUACCAGGGCUAACGAAAAGGGUGUUGUAGUGGGCCUCUUGAGUGCCAUCGCCAUAGCUGCAUGGAUCAGUUUUGGAGCUUCAGCAAACGCUCCAGAACCCAAAUUCUUACCUGUAUCUCUGGAAGGCUGUCCUGCUAACUCAUCGUUACCAUUUGAAACAUCAUCCAUUCUGAACGAAACCAUGGCAUCACCGCUUGUCAGUCCUAUAGCUUCGAUGCUUAAUGAAUCUAUAACAUCCUCAUCCCCAGAAGCAACGUCUGAGGGCUUUUUUCCAUUGUACUCGCUGUCAUUUAUGUGGUUUGCACCCAUAGGACUUUCAGUUGGCCUCAUCGUGGGUUACGUCUGCAGUAUUAUGAUAAAUCUCAUUUCAGGAGAAACACCAUACGUGCCAGAAGAGUUGCUUAGUCCAUUAGCUAGAUUCUUCACAAAUAGGAAGAAAGAUAAUGGAGAAAAAGCAAUGAAAAUAACGAGUCCAGUGGAACUUCAGAAUGUGAACAUCAAGACGACAAAUGGCGUCACAUCUAAAGAAAAAGAAAGAUUUUGACAUGCUUCAUUGUAUUUUUAGAAACUGAUUGCAUUUUCUGUACUUAAUGCAUUUGCAUUUUGUACUUGCAUUUUCUGUACUUAAUCUGCAUCUGAAUAAUCAUUAGGCAUAACAAAUUCAUUUCAUUGUGCGAAGACAUUUCAUCUCACUAAAUUGUUUUGGAAAAUAAAAUCUUUAUUUUUUUGAAAUCCUUUCAGUUUAAAAAAUAGUAUUGUAUUGUAAUGAAAGGACUUUGUGAAGAGGGACAUCUGAGGCUUAUUUAAAUUUACUUGUUUGCUGAUUUACAAAUGUGUCGGGAGUAUAUUAUGGAAUACGAUGCUUUUUGAAGCACAUUAAAACCUAUUUAUUGGCUAACAUAUAUUCUAGUUAUUUUUAAUACAUUUGUUUUUUGUAAUAAUAAAAAGAUUUAUAACAUGGAGCCAGCUAUAUAUAAGAUCUUUAAAAUUUCUUAUUAAUAUAAUAAAUCGUUGGUAGGCUUAGUAUAAUUUGCGUUUUUAACUUCUUCCUAUUGAAUGCUUUUACUUUUUUGAAUCGAUAAAUUUUCUGAUUUAUUAAAUUGGAUUUAAUUAGACAUGUUGCAGCUUCGAAACUGUGCUUUAUUUGUAAAAUUUUUACGAGUUCCUCAACUUCUGAGCCGUAACCAUGCAUAAUUGCACAACAUAUCAUGAUAAAUUGCUUCCUGAUUCUUGAAUUACAAGAAACCACAUAUCUUGUACUCAUUUUUUUUGUUGAAGAUGCUUUAUUAAAUUUGGGAGAAAUUCUUCUAUUUAUAGAUUUUAAGAAUAUUUAAGUAAGUUUUGACAUAUUUGGAUAACGUUUGAUUUACUGAACUAACUAAUGUAUUUUUAAUUCUUAUUAUGAGUUUUUCAUUAAAACAUUGACUGAAAAUUUGUCUGUGUUUUUUAUAAACGUAUAUGAGAAUUGCAUCGGAUCCAGUUGAUUAGAAAUGUAAUGAAAUUUUAAUUUCUGGCAUACCCUCUUACCCAUGUUACUUUAUUGAAUUUUCCAAUUAAAUAAUCAUAACUUGGAAAAUUGUUCUGAAAAAUAUAAAACAGAUAUGUGUUGCAAGUAAAAUAAACAAAUUCUGAAAAGACUAUAUGGUAACUGACUUUAUUGAUCAGCUAAAUUAUGUUGUAAAAUGAAAAGUAUAUUAUUGAUCUUUGCAACAAAAAUUAGGGAUUAUCGGAAUGUUGCAACAUUAACCACUUCAGACGUGUGAACCAGUUUUCAAGUAUAAUCGCAUAGUGAGGGAAACUGGCACCAGAGACAUAAUAUGAUUUUUUAGCCUUUUUGUUAUCAUCAAUCGUUUAUGAAGUACAAAUGGACAAGGGGCAAAAUGUCUCGUCUCUGUAUAGCUCUUAUAUGCUCUGGCGACCCACCCUUCUGAAUGCCCGAUGAAAAAGAAUUCAAUCAUUGAAUAAGAAAGGAGUUAAGGAAAGAGGAUAAGUGCGGAGUUUUGCGAGCGACAACUGCUGCGAGAUGAAAAAAAUGUGAAAUGAUAAUUUAGUAUUUUAUGUGUUUGUAUAUAUUGUGCUGUGUUGUAUCUUUUUUCUAAGUGUGUAAAAUAAAAAAAAAUGACGUAAAAAACGUCAUUCCUAUUAUCCAAUCAUAGUCCACUUAUUAGAAAAUAUGCGAUAAAUAAACGAACUCUUUAGGAUAUUUUUUUUUAAAAGUGUUAUAAAGCACAACUAUUUGGUUUCCAUAGCCUUCUUUAAAAUCGUAGUCUGGGAUAUCUAUAUUUUUGACUCCUUGCCUUCCAGCCUCAAAGUCACUGGUCAAUGCUUUUGGAUAUAUAGGAUAAAUUGUUUGAAAAAUAUAUCUUAAAUGCAAAGUGGUUGUAAAAUAAUUUUCUCCAUUUGGAAGCAUAUGAAGAUGAUACUAAUAAACGAAAUGAAGUCAGAUCAUAUAUGUAGAUUGUAGACGGCAUGGAGAACGAAUUUUUCACAAAAGUGCUAUUAAUCCCUAAGAAAAAUAUGGAGAAGUAAUUAUCAGUAUACAGAAGAGAUAACAAUUCCAAGGUUUAAAGAUUAUUUCCUGUGAUUUUAUACUUUAUAUCAUUAAAUUUUAUACAUAUUUUUUAUCACUUGAUCAUUAAUGAAAUUUAGCAUUAACGCAUUUUCUUGAAAUUCAUAGUAAUUAUUGAUGUAUUUUCAAUUUUGACAAUGCAAAGAGGCUUAUAGUUGCAGACUUGAUAUUAAUAUUAGCUGAGGCACUCAGUUCUCUUUGUCUUCCGCAGUGAAUGUAUAAAAUUUUAUUUCAUUCUGUUCAUUAGUUUCAGCUGACGAUGCCUUCAAACAAGGAGAUUUAUUUCAUAAUCACCCUGUAGUAAAAUACUGAUGAAAUAAAUGCAAUGCUGUAAAAGAUUUUAUCUUGAGUUGUAAAAAUAAAAUUAUAAGGCACUUGAAAACUUAAGUGAAAUGAAAAAAAUAAUUUAUAUUCAAGAAAUAAAGUAGCACUAGACGUUAAGAUAACAAUGUAAAAAUAAAGCGCAGGCAUAAAAUGAAAAUAUUGAUAAUGUAUAAGUUUUCAGUAAAAGCACAGAUUUGUAUUUUGGAUAAAAUGAUAUUUUAGAAAUCCCAUUUCAGGUUUUCCCUUAAAACGUUUUAGGGUUAAAUAACUCAAAAUCUAAAUCUAAAUAAAAAUAAUAAAUAUGCUUAUAUUUGAGUUACUUUUUAAAGAGAAUUUAAAUACGCAAUUUAAAAUUUACAUAAUCCUGAAUAUUUAAUGGUGUAUUUCUAUUUUCUUCGUCUGUUGACGAAAUUAUUAAAAAUAGGGAUAUUAGGGAAAAAAAUAAGUAGCAUUAAUUUUAUUUUUAAAAUUUUUAUGAAAUAUUUAUCCAGUAUUUUUCUGAUUCUUUCUCUCUCUCUCCAUAUAUAUGUAUAAAUUUUUUGAGAUUUUGCUUUUGUGUGAACAAUUCAUGUGUGACAAUAUCUAAGAUGUUAGUGAUGUAUAUUAUAUAUUAUUUAUAUUGCUCUCUUAUAUAGGCUGUUUAUAAGAGUUUGCUUUCAUUCGUGUGAACAAUCAAAAUAAUAAAUUUAGGUAAUGAAAUUGCAUGAUAUAUUUUUUUGUUUAAU